AUGGACCGCGUCGCGUCGCUCGCGAAUCGAAAAUCUCCCCGAAGACGACGCAACAUAAUCUGUUCCGCUCAAUUCGUUCUACUGGCCGCGACUAUUUUCAGUCUCUGGACUCGCGAGACCGUUAAAGCUGCGACGAACCCAGCUCAAGUGGCCGCUCUUCACACCAUAGCAUCGUCCCUCGCCUCCUCCAACUCAUUUUUCAGUGCCUGGUCCGGAAGCGAUCCCUGCGCUGCUUCUGCGGGUGCCAGCAGCAAGGGCUGGCCGGGGGUCACCUGUGAGAGUGACGGCUCGGGGAGCCAUGUGGUUACAUCGCUAACACUGCAAGGGCUGGGACUUUCCGGGCAGCUUCCACCAGCUCUCUUCGAGCUAACAGCGCUCACAAGCCUGGACAUAUCGCUCAACCCAGCCCUCACAGGCAGCAUAUACAGCACCAUCAGCUCGCUUUCGGACCUCUCCAUGCUGGACAUGCACGGAUGCAAUCUGUCGGGGUCCAUCCCUGCAACCAUUGGCCUCUUGAGAAAGCUCAACUUCUUUGCUGUCAACAGCAACCAGCUAUCCGGCACCAUUCCCAGACAGGUGGCGAAUCUAACAAACCUCUAUUUCUUUGACAUUACGGACAACAACAUCUCAGGGCCUGUGCCCGUCCAACCGGGAUUCGACACGUGUACCAGCAUCGGUCACCUUCACCUGAGUCGCAACCAGCUAUCAUAUCUCCCAGGGCAACUGGGACGCCUUCCGAACCUCAUCCACCUCCUGGUGGACAACAACCGCCUCAACCAGACCUUUCCAGCAGGGCUCAGUGGCUCCACGAGCCUGCAGAUCAUCCAUCUGAGCAACAACACCAUUCAGGGUCGGCUUCCGCCUUCGCUCAACCUCCCAGCGCUGCAAGACCUGUCAAUGCACAACUGCUCCAUGCCUCCCCAGCCACUGCCCGCCUUGACAGGCCUCCCAUCACUCUGCUACCUCGAUUUGAGUCGCAACAGCUUCCAAGGCCCCUUGCCCCUUGCUCUCUUCACCGCACACCCAGACCUGGUGACCCUCAAUCUCGCCCUGAACCAUCUCAGCAGCAACCUCCCUCCCGGGCUGCCCUCAGUCAACCUCACGAGACUUCACUCCAUUAUGCUAUCGGACAACAAACUAACAGGCCCUGUGCCCCCCCUGGACGCCCUCCCUGCCAUCGCCACCAUCUCGCUGUUCGAUAACCACUUCACCCGCGCGCCUGCUGCUCUGCUUACCAACGAAAACGUCACUCUGCAGCUAUACGGCAACGACCUCUGUGUGCCCUACCGCCCUGCAGUCUCCCAAGCCUGCUCGCCCCCUCUCGGCUUCAUGCAGUAUCAGCCCCCUCCCAUCUGCGACGACCUCUCCUGCCCCUCUCUCUACGCGCCCAGCCCGCCCCUUCUCGCUCUCACCAACGCCUGUGUGUGUGUCUCGCCGCUGGAGGUGGAAUUGAAGCUGACAGCACCGCAGUACGCGGUGUUCAAUGCUGAGCUCGCGAGGCUGCUUGUAGAAAGGAUCGCGGGGAGCUUGGGGAAAAAUGGGAUCGGCAUUUCGACAGCGCAGAUCGCCAUAGUAUCAGUCACCGGGGAUGCGUUCGUGUGGCACAAGGUGUCGCUGGGAACGGACUUUGGGCCUUAUAUUGUGGAGGCCAUGUAUGGGCCAGCUCCCCCUCCCGUCCCCCCUGCUGCGUCUACUGGCGGAGGGGGCAUGACCACUGCUGCGAUCGUGGGCAUCGUGGUGGGGGGAGUGGUGCUCGCUCUCAUUGCUCUGCUGAUCGUGUGGCUGCUGCUGCAAAGGAACAGAAACAAAGACCUGUGGAGCUCAGAGGACUACAAGGCGAUAGAGGGGCUGCAGGCGCUGGGAGUGCACCGGUGCAAACUUAAAGAGAUAGCCGACGCCACCCAGGGGUUCAAGACACUGCUGGGGGAGGGCGGAUACGGACAGGUGUACCGAGGAGUGCUGGAGAAUGGAGAUGUGGUGGCGGUGAAACGAGCCAAGGGCCAUGUGAAGUUAUGUGGCACUGAGUUCCGGAAUGAAAUACAGCUGCUGUCAGCAGUGCGCCACCGCAACCUCGUGGCACUGAAAGGCUUCUGUGUGGAAGCAGGGGAGCAGCUGUUGGUGUAUGAAUUCAUCGAGAGGGGCACACUGGAAGACAUGCUGAGACCCGACUCAAAGCACCAGUUGACGUGGCGGCAGCGCGUCAACAUCGCAUGUGGGGCGGCCAGUGGGUUUGCGUACCUGCACCAUCAGAUCAAGCCGCCUAUUAUCCACCGGGAUGUGAAGACGGCCAACAUCCUCAUCACAGCGGACCUUGAGGCGAAGGUGUCAGACUUUGGAAUCUCCAAGGCUGUUCCUGAGGAGGCGGAGGGAGGGGGGAGGCUGGAGACGCAAGUGAAGGGCACUGUGGGCUAUCUGGACCCACAAUAUUUCCAAAGUGACCUACUAACGGAAAAGAGCGACGUGUACAGCUUCGGCAUCGUGCUGCUAGAGCUGGCCACCGGUCUUCGCCCCGUUACCAAUGGGGAGCAUAUCAGACGCAUCGUGAUCGAUAGCGUUACCAACCAGGGGGGCGUGCACAGUGUCUUGGACCCGGUGUUGAAAGCCAUGUGGGAGAGACAGCAGAGAGGGGAGGGGGGAAGCGGGGAGGAAGGGGGAGGAGCGGGAGGAACAGAAGGAGGAGCAGGGGGAGGAGCAGGGGGAGGAGCAGGGGGAGCAGAGGGCGGAAGAGAAGGCCGAGGGGAAGGGGGAGGAGGUGCGGGAGGUGGAGAGGUGGGGAGGAAUGAAAGUAAGGCAUUGGAGGAGACGUGUGGGAGUGAGACGUUGGAGGAGACGUUUGAGUGGUUCCUGAGGCUUGCAAUGCGGUGCAGCCUCAAGCAGGCGCAGAACCGACCCGACAUGCAACAGGUUUUGAAGGAGUUGGAAGGGAUUAAGAGGCGGUUGAACCGGGUUUCUGCUUUCCGUGCUGCUGGCGGUAGUGCUAGUGCUGCUGCUGCUGCUGCUGGUGGUGGUGGUGCUGCUGCUGCUGCUGCUGCUGCUGGUGCUGGUGCUGGUGGUGGUGAUAGUAGCAGGCGUGACAAUGGCGAAGGGUACGAUUGGGAAGGCGAGCCUGCGUGUGCGACCAAGUCACAAACCAGUGAUAAGUUCUGGAAAGAGAUUGCUGCAGUGGCAACGUCUGGGGGUGCAAGUUAUGAGGAGUGGGGAGAGGAGGACGAGGAGGAGGAGGUUUCAUGGUAUGAGGAUCUAAUGAAGAAGAGUGGAGGGAAGGGUGGGACGUCGAGCAGCGGUGGGGAUGGAUUGAGUCCGGUGACGUUCAGUGGGAGCGUGCAUAAAGGAGACGUGAAUCCUAGAUGA